ACCGAUGAUCCAGCGAUAAGCAGUACAUCACCUGAUUAGGCUCAACGAUCGUUCGCUUUUCAUUCAGCAAAUUAAAUUAUACCAAGUUGCAAUGCAAAUAUCCGCGAAAAAGUUGAUUUCUCUGGUCACGUUAGCAACCCUCCUGCAAGCAACGGCCGCGAUCGAGUACCGGUGCAUCGAUCGGCACAAAAACUACUGCGUCGUCAAAAACGUAACAGCGGAGGCAUUUCCCAGUUCAGUGUUCCCAGCGAACGAAACAUCUCUGCUCAUUCAAAACAGCACCAUUACCAAUUUUAGCGAGCAGCAGUUCCAGCAGCUUCCGACGGUGGAAAACUUGAUGAUACACCAUUUGAAAAUCGAACAGCUUCAACUUGGAAAAUGCGAUCAACUAAGGACACUGUUUGCAAGCUACAAUCACAUCUCGGAACUGGAGGCAGUCGAAGGUCUUCACUUACGCAAUCUAGAUCUCUAUCAAAAUUUGCUCACUAACAUAAGUGCAGUGCGAGUGCUGACGGAGUUGGAACAGCUGUACCUUAACGAUAACCUACUGGAGGUACUCGAAAUGGACACGUUUGCCGAAAUGAAGAGUUUGAAGAUUUUAACUCUUCACCGGAACCAACUGACGGCGAUCGACACCCAGCAGGCCAUUAAUUUGCCUAGUUUAGAGUCACUAUUUAUUCAGCACAACAAGUUGAUCUACCUGGACACUGGACUGUGGAAAAUGCCCGCUCUAAAAACGCUAGAUUUAGGUGACAACGAUUUGGCGUUUUUGUUUACAUUUCUCGAAGAGUUUCCGUCGCUGCGUGCGGUGGAACUGUACGAAAACGAUUGGAAUUGUGCCUGGCUUAGCAAGAUAAUGGAUCGAUUGGUGGCUCGAGGGAUUCAACAUGCGCAAGCUGACCGAUCCUGCGAGGGCGCUCUUAUGGCCGACAUUUGCUGUCUAAUCGAGGGUGCCAGUCCCGAUCCGAUGAUGCUGCUGAUUAGUAGAACUGCCCUUGUAGAUGAUCUGAAUGAUCAGCUAGGAAAUCAACGCCAGAAGAUGGAAAGCCUAAAGGAAGCCCAACGAAAACAAACUCACAAGUACGACGAGAUGCAACGUAAAAUCGAGAGGAUGGAAGCUUUCUGCAGGGAUGAGUUGUAGUGUUUCGGAUUAAUUGAUGAAAGGGUAGUGUUUCCAAGAA